AUGGCGGACGAGAGCAGCCCUCAGGAUAGUGACGCAACUAGAUGCUCCAGCAACAGGCCUCCUGUCCUUCUCCGUCGGAUACCACAUGCCACGUGACGCGUGACAUAAUGGCUCUCCUCUCAUGGCGCUCUCCAGUGCUCCAGUAGGUUGAGGAAUGUAGGCUGGAUGCGUCAGCCUUGGCCUCAGGGCCGCCUCGCCGUUCCAGCGCAGCUGAAAUGUUCAGGCGUCGGCAUAGAUAGAUACUGUACAGAAGGCGUCCUCCACACGAGCGACGAGCGGCGACGAGCGACGAGCGUCGAGCGACGACGACAGUGGAUGAGGAGGAGGAGGUGUCGUCGCUUGCAACGGAAAGUGUUCGAAAGUGUUCGUACGUCGAAUCCAACCAUAUCGAACUAUCGAUCUAGAUCGACCUCUCGCGAUAGAAAGGUGCUUCCUUCAACGCAAAGCAACCAGACCAGACACUAGUAUACAGUGCCAUGGCGGCUUGCGACAGCUCAGCUCGUCUGUGCGUCACUUUCCACGCGUGUGCGCUUUAUCUCAACGCCAUGCCAAGGAAUGCCAUUGGUCGUAGACAAGCCGUCACGUGAACUCGAGUGAACGCCGAGUGACUGCUGCAAAUCUCGCCCCGCCUCGCCCCCCUCGCCUCGCCUCGUCUCGCCUCGCCUCGCCUCGCCUCGCCUGUUGUACGGCCGAGUCAUAUGGGCCUUGCGUCAUAUGGGCCUUGAGUCGCCUCAUGAGUCCAGUGGUCCAGUUGUCGAGUUGGCUUUAGCGGCAUUCGACAACUCCUUAGCGGCAUUCUCCGACGAAUCAGCUCGAACUCUCCGGCAUGUUCCCAACCGAACCGAAUCGGUGGGGUUGUCUCGGCCUGCUUCGGUGCGAUCUUCGGGCCACCAGCCAGAUUCGCGGUACUGCGCUCGUAGUAGUUUGCACCCAAGGCUGCAUAGCUUUCGCCCAUAGGUCCGAGUCACACUGCUUGCUCCCGCCCCUGGCCAGCCAAGCAAGCAUCACGAGAUGCGAGGCGAAAGGAGCCCCAAUCCCUGCUGCGACCAGUAGCGAGGAUGGUCGAAACCAUUCCUCACCACAGAAUCGCCUCCCUCCUCUCUCCCCCACCCCCUAGGAGGACGAGGACGAGGAGGAGGAGGAGGAGGGGGAGGAGGAGGGGGAGAGGAGCUCCUAUCCCCCCUAGAAUGCGGGAUAAGAGGAGCUUGAGCCUCUUUGCUUUCUCCAUUGCACUACUUCUACAAGAACUCUUCAGCUCCGACUGAUCGCUGCUCGCCCUCCAUUGUGGAACGCACAAGGGUUGACGCUUUUUGAGAAUUCUAAAGAAGCCUUUUUUGAGGCGCCUCAAAAACCUUCAUUGUUGGAUUGGAAGCCACAAGGCGCUCCGUCAGACAGCAGUCCCCCUGCUCCCCUGCUCCCCUGCUCCCAUGCUACUUCCCUCCGGUUCUAACUAACUACUAGCUCCCAAGUACUACUAGAGUCAGAGUGGUAGAGUGAUUUUCAAAACGGUUUUGAUGUAGUAAAGUUGGAUAACCGCGUGGUACAGUGUGGUGGAAAUUCGGACGAAGGCUAUUCGGAACUAUAUGUUCCACGCCCUAACCUGGGGAUUACCAAUCAAAUCCCACUAGCUUACCUUAGCUCUUCCGAACUCGGAGUUCAUUCGCUCGUCACGAGGCCACGUGUGUGGGCGAUGGCUACAGGAGCGCUCGUCACGCGUCACCAUGCAGAGGAUCAUGCUUUCGAGUCUACUCAACAGCAAGCGUGCGAAGCGCUCGUCUCGCGCGCGCAUUCUGAACCCCCCUGCAGCGCAGCGCAGCCUGGAUCUUCUCCGCCGUCCCCCGCCCGCUCGCUGCGUGGAACCUUCCGGCGGCUUCUGCUGCAGCACCAGCUGUCGGAUGACGUGGCGCUGCAGGCGCUGGAGGGGCGGCUGCAGCUGCUGGACGCGCACAGGGCGCUCAACAGCUUCAAGUGCGAGCAGUUCGUGCAGGCGUGCGAGGAAUAUAUGGGUGAGGAGGUGAGAGGGAGAGGGAGGGAGGAGGAGGAGGAAGUGGAGGCAGCGGGAGAGAUAGAAUGGAGUGUUUCUGCUGUUUCUGCUGUUUCCGUUGUUUCUGCUGUUUCUGCUGUUGCUGAUGCUGCUGGUGCGGGACGCGUGGCUGGUGAAGGGCAAGGAGCGAUUGGUGGAGGGUGGUCCGAGGGAGACUUCUCUGAUGGAAUCUCUCCGGAAAGGUUUUCCCGUGGUGGAAUCGCGGCCAGGGGAGAUUCCAGUGGAGCGGGGCAGUGCAUGCAGCACGGGCGCUCAUGGUUGGCCGAUCUGGCGUACUACUCCGAGCCCAGGAGGUCCUACUCACUCGGUGCCACGCCCUCCCAUGGCCACGGCUGCCACUCCUCCCUUGGCUGUACUCCCCCCUGCACCAACACCGUCCCUUCCAUCGCUCCGAGAAGACGGAGCUUCUCCGGUGUAACAGAGAAGCACCAGAGGAGCUUCCCUGGUGCGCCAGAGACGCUUCAGAGAAAGAAGAGCUUGUCUGGUGCCGGGCCCUGCCCGAGAAGGAGGAGCUUCUCAAGUGCUGGAGCCCACCCCCCUCUGCACACGCAGGAGCAGCAGCAGCAGCAGCAGCAGCAGCAGCAGCAGCAGCAGCAGCGGCGGCAGCAGCAACAGCAGCACCGGCAGCACCAGCAGCAUCACCGCAGGCACGUGUUGGGAGGUGAGUUUCGUGUGAAGCACGAAGCUCCAGACGAAGACUCACACUUCAAUUCAGCCCGUUCCAACCACGCUUCGCCAUCCUUCGACGUCCACACCAUCCAUGCCUCCGCCUCCUCCACCAUCUGAAGUACCCAUUUCCCUUAGCUCUAUGAUCUAUCGUUCUACGGGAACAACAGGGUCAACCCACCUUCCAGCUUACAACAGGGUUGCCUACCCGAUGAGCUGGGGGAUGGUCGCUCGCGACGAGGUAAUUCCCCACAGGUCUGGUUUGCCGUGCAGCAAGCUGCAGCGGCACCCGGCCGUCUGCUCUCUGUACAAGACAGUUGUGCUGAGAAAGUGUGGUUGCUCCUAGUACCUCAUAUGGCGAUAAGCUCAUAAGGCGAUAAGCUCCCCCUAGCGUUACUGUGGCCUCUCGUGCUGUGGUGCUUAAGUGCCCCUCCUUGUACAGGGUAUGCAGUGCAGACAGCAGGUACUGGAUCUGGGGGCUCCCGAUUUGUCCGUAGAUGUGGAAGAGCUAGCGUGCUCUGAGGUGUUAAUACAUACAGUAGAUGCCG